CAAGAUGUCCCUAGGGUUACGGUCAACGACGUGAGUCGAAUUAUACAAAAAUGAUGUCAUACAUCGACAACCAAGAAGGAGAGGGCUUCAAGUUGUAUGUUUCGAGCUACAUCCACAAUUUUGAAGAUUGUGCUUGAGGAUGCCCGUCCUGUGCAGCUACAAAGCUGCCAGUGUACCUGUGUGGCGGGUACAGCUUUGUGUAAUCAUGUGGCAGCACUGUUGUACCAGACUGCACAUUAUUGCCAGCUAAGCAUCACCUCUGUUCCCCCAACACACAGCUGCACAGAGACUGAACAACAGUGGCAUAAGCCAAGAUCCAUGGGUGUUAAACCUGGUCUGGUUAAUGACAUGGUGAUUCUUACAGCCAGACCCAAGGAAAGAAAACUGACGGAAGGGAUCAGGAGCAACUUGUAUAAGGGCGUCAGUUCAGCUCUGCCUGAACUUUCCACACUCAGGGUGGAUGAAGUCUACCAUGAUGUUCCAAGUGAUGUAGCUCCACUGAUAACAACUAUGGCUAUGGACAUUAAUGUUCCUCUGGUUGACUCUGCAUUUGGAAAAGUGCAAGAAGGAAGUGUGUUAUCCUAUCAUAUGCCAGCAAAAAGAGUUCCAAAAACCUGUCCCCACACAGAUGCUCCUUCUCCCCCACAGCUGCCACUUCAGGGUUACAGGCUGGGACCCUCUACCUGCUCUUUUGUCUGCACUGAACAUCAGCAGCACCACAUGAUGUCCCUGGCAACAACAUUAGAAACCGCACACAAAAUUGCCAACAGCACAAAAGAGCAGAGUUCCUGCAUUGAGUGGCACCAACUAAGGCGGCCCCGCAUCACCUCCUCUAAGUUCAGAGAGGUAUGUCACACCAGGGCACAGAGCUCUGCUGAAAAUCUUGCCAAAAGACUUCUGAGACCUAGCCAUCAGACUGCAGACAUGAGGAGGGGGCUUGACAUGGAACCUGCUGCAGUAGGAGUACUGCAGAGUAAGGGAGGUUAACCACUAUCCCUGUGGCUUCCUUAUCCACCCUGACGCACCCUGGAUGGGGUCAUCACCUGAUGGCAUUGUGUACGAUCCAAAGGGGCAGACAGUGUUUGGCCUUGUUGAAAUUAAAUGCCCCAAUGUAGCAAGCUAUGUUGACUGCCCAUAUAUUAAGAUCAGUGAGGGCACACACACAUUAAGGAAAUCUCAUUCCUACUUUUGGCAGAUCCAGGGCCAGUUGUUGAUUUCUGGUUUGGACUGGUGCGACUUUGUUGUCUACACACAGGAAGACAUGUUUAUUCAGAGGAUUCCAAGAGACAAUGAAAUCACCAAAUCACUGAAAGUAAAAAUUGAUUAUUUCUUUUUUUAUUGUUACCUCUAUGCUUCCCUAAAUAAUUAGAUUCUGAUAGCCUGUCACGCUUCUUUACAGAAUGCUGGCAGUUCUAAUCUAGCAGGUCUUAUCUGUUCAAUCCAUUUCAAAAUAUUUGUACAUAUUUGA